UCAGCACUUCCUUUCUAUCUGUCUCCAAGGCUUUACCUUAGGUCAGAGCCUUUACUCUCAUUCGCCCCGCAGACUACUCUGACUGUUUAUAGCUGAUGGUUCCUCUUGUCUGAGAUGGACAGAAUUAUCUAGCAGGAUGCAGUCUUUAACAACAUGAAUGAGGGGAAAAGCAACCAAGAAUUGUACCAACAAUACUCAGCCAUGGCCCCCAAGUUGCUGGCCCACGUCUCCAGACUUCUCAUGAUCUGCAGGAACUCGGGCAUCCAUGUACCCAAGGGCAUCAGGAACAUUUUUGAGUUCACGUGGGAGGAGCUCAUCAGCGACCCAAUGGUGCCUACCCCAUCCAAUAUCUUAGGCUUGGAGAUCAAUCUGGGACCACCUUCUACCCUUGUGGAACUAGUCCCCAUGCAGAAUCCCACUCAGAAGAAAUCAUCACCACUAGUACCACCACCACCACCACCACCACCACCGCUACUGCAAACAUCCACAAGUGCAAGCAAGCGCCCCUUCCCCGUUCCUACGCAGACGCGCGCAGCAAACACCGGUCAGGAGACCCUGCACAAGUUUCAGCGGCAGUCCGUCCACUUGCUGACAGAGCUCCUCACUCUGAAAAUGAAGGCCAUGGUGGAGUCUGCAUCGGUAGGUGCCAACCCCCUGGACAUCACAAGACGCUUCGUGGAGGCCAGCCAGCUUCUCCAUCUCAGCGCCAAGGAGAUGGCCUUUGACUACUUGGUCAACACAAUCGGGAGAAGUGGCUAUAGCAGUGGACAUUUGAGGAAAAGUGAGUACCUGAGUGUCAGCCUUUAGGGUGUUUCAACACCCCUGUAAAGCUACUUAAUUUAUGAGCUCUCAAUUAUCCAUCUGUCUUCUGCUAUUUGUACAUUUGUAGAGUCUCGCAAGAAUGAGUUAGGGAGUAAAUCCAAAACUCUGGAUGAGAUAAGCCCACCCGCACCACGUGCCUCUGACAGUGUGGAGUUCAGCGACCCCUGCCCGGAGGCCAGAGAGAAGCUGCAGGCCAUGUGUCGCUAUAUAGAAGCAGAAAGGACCAUGUGGAAAGGAAAAAAUAUCUGCUACCCGGUGAUAUUCCGUAACUACAGGACAAAGAUACCCCCUCAUCCAUCACCCACUGCCAAAAAAGAUACAGGGUUGCAAUCAACCCCUGCUGUGGGUUCCGUCCACCCUCCGAGUUCCACCGCCCGCCAUCUUCCCACUCAGCACACUCACCAUGGCCGGCAUUCUCAAGAAUGGAAAGGAAGCAAGAAGCACGUCAAGUUGCAUUACACCUUCUAUGACGGGUCUUCUUUCGUUUACUAUCCCUCCGGAAACAUCGCCAUGUGUCAGAUCCCAACGUGCUGCCGAGGGAGAACCAUUACCUGGCUCUUUAAUGACACACCCAACUUCUUCCUGGCUUUGUUCAACGCUGAAGGCCAGGGCUGUGUUCAGUACAAUUCAAAAACUCGCUGUCCAUACGUCUUGGUCUUGGAUGAGGACGGGGGGACUACCAAUGACCAUCAGGGCUAUGUCGUUCACAAGUGGAGCUGGACGUCGAAGACAGAGACGCUGCUCUCCCUGGAGUACAAGGUGAAUGACCAAAUGAAGUUGACAGUGAUGGGGCAGGAUUCCAUGGUGGUCACCUUCACCUCCCUGAGUGAGACAGUAACCCUCACUGUAUCGGCCAACAAUUGUCCUCAUGGAAUACCAUCGGAUAAACGGAUGACCCAUAGAAUCAACAGCCUGGAUGACAAGAUUUCUAAGAUGAGCCGGGCGCUGACUGAGCUCAAAAAGCGCUUUCAGAAGACAGUGACUCAGUUCAUGAAUUCUGUCUUGCUGACAGCAGGUCUGUUCACUAUAGAAUAUCCUGUCAAAGAUGACACAGAGGUUAUUCGGACCAAGAUGAAAUCUGGAUCUCACCAGGAGCGGACACCCAAGACGAGUUUAUUUUCAGGAGAAUUCCUGGUACGAUCUCAGUCAGCACGACCAGAAUCCUCUGUUGAAGAGUCUUCCAAGGAAGAAUCUUUGUCUGCUCCGGUGAGCCCCACUCGGAAGGCUAACAAAAUCAAAGCCAAACCUGUGGUCACCUCCAGGUCAGUCCUAAUGACAGAAUCGCACUUCCGUGGCAGUGACAUUAAUGCCUUGAGAGAAAACCUUGCAUCUGAAUCGAUGAACCAGGAGAAGGGGUCCCCUCGUGUGCAAAGAAAGACCAAGACUCGGGAGGUACGCAGCCCCAGUGCCUGGGCAGCCUCGCCCUACGACUGUCCGCUAGUGCUGAGGAAGCUCAUCCGCAAGGAAGACAUCCGGGUUGGCUGCAAGUGUGUUGUGAAGGCGCCCCUGGUGUCUGACGUGGAGCUAGAGCGCUUUAUAGCUGCGCCGCGUGAUCCCGGCCAGGUGCUGGUGUUUGGGAUUGUCUCGGUGCAGAACCCAACCAAAACCGCCCAGCUCCAGUGGCUGCUUGACAGGCUCUACAGUCACCGUCAGCAGGGCCGCGCCUCACCCUGCAUCCAGUGCCAGCGUGACCCUUACCGCCUGUUGCGAUAUGACCUGGAUAGCCCUCUCCAGAAGGACCCGCCCCUGCUGGUGAAGAAGUUCGCAGUUGUGCAAGGCAUGAUCCUGAUGUUCGCUGGAGGGAAGCUCCUUUUUGGAGGCUGUGUCCUGAAUGGCUAUGGCGUCAGCAAGCAGAACUUGCUGAAGCAGAUCUUCCAGGCUCAACAUGAUUGCAAGAUGGGCUACUUCCUGCCAGACGACUACAAAUUUAGUGCUUCAACCCCCAUCCAGAGCCCAGGGCAACAACCAUCCAAGAGAGACAUGCCGGACGAUAUUCAAGGAAGUUUCUCUUCACUGGUCCUAGGGGAUGGGAUAGAGGAGUCUUCUCAUGAAGUAGUGAAAAUAAAGGAGCCUGAAAUGGACUUGCAUCCUGUCAACAAAGUCAGGAGGAGCAGUAAGAAGGUUUUCAGCUGGAAGAAACCACCCUCCAAGAAGUGAUGUCACCCACAGCCACUGAGGGUGCCAGCUCACAGGCCUGGACUGGCUUUCCCCCUGACCCCUUGCCUCCCUAGUCUCCCACCUGCCUUCCCAGCUUCUGUGUAAUAAACAAGCCUGUUCCAGCGUCUAGGUGAGGCCAUGGGGUAGGCUGGGGCAGGUUUGGCUAGGUUUUGUGUAUUCAAUGCCUGAAGCCCCCAAAAGCCCUCUUCCAGGUUAAAUCCUUGGAAACUUGGUUCCCCUGAACUCAGGGGUUCGUCUGUGACUGCUUAAGAGAGUUUGAAAAUUCCAAAUCCAAGGUCACAGAGAUCUCAUGCCAAGGGUCUCAGACCAAUGAAAGAGUAACCCCUCAGGAAACAUGCAUGGGACCACAGUUUGCCUUCCUAGCCCUCGCUGGGUGGGGAAGAUUUCGGUCCAAAAUGGAAAAGGGUUAGAAAAGACAGAGAGGGAUGAGGUUAGGGAGAAAGAGCAUACUGGGUGGGAGAGGAAACAGGGAGAAAAUAAAAAGGAAAGGCUGUGAGAAAGGACAAAGUAGAGAAGAGAAGAGAGAGGGGACAGGAAGGAUGAAGCUAGAGAAGAGAGAAUCGGGGCGGGUGGCAGCGAAUGUUGUAGGGAAGGAAGAAGCAAAUAGGAAAGCAGAAGCUACCCCAGGGGGGGCUUCUGUGGU